GGAAGAGAUCCGUAGGAAACCGGAAGAUAACAGCGAGCUGUCAAAAAGCAGAAACACAGACAUAGCGUAGCUUUUUCUUUUUUAAAAUAUUUAACAGUAAUGACUUUGCUUUGAAAGCAGACAGAAAACUAACGUGUUUACCAUGGUUCUCAGAGAAUUUUAAGUCGUUUGAAAGACAAAAGAGAUAGCGAGUCCCCGACGUUUCUCUGGUUGGAGUGCUGAAACAAGGUAGCUACCGCCACUAGCCUGGAGCUACAGUCCUCUACACCGGAGCUGUCCUCCAGAGCAGCACUAGCCUGGAGGUGUGAAUGACCGACGUCGUGUCGCCCACGGCCCUCAGCGAAGUCCAGCUCCGGCUCCUCUGCCACGAUGACAUAGAGAGCGUCAAGUUGCUCUGCGGCGAUUGGUUCCCAAUCGAAUACCCAGACUCAUGGUACCAGGACAUUACCUCCAACAAGAAGUUCUUCUCCCUAGCUGCCACCUUCAAAGGAGGCAUCGUGGGAAUGAUAGUGGCCGAGAUCAAAGGCCGGACGAAAGUACACAAAGAGGAUGGAGACAUCCUGGCUUCCAGUUUCCCUGUGGACACACAGGUGGCCUACAUACUCAGCCUGGGGGUGGUCAAGGAGUUCAGGAAACACGGCAUAGGCUCCCUGCUGCUGGACAGCUUGAAGGAGCACAUCUCCACCACCGCCCUGGACCACUGCCAGGCGGUGUACCUGCACGUGCUCACCACCAACACCAACGCCAUCCACUUCUACGAGAACCGCGACUUCCGGCAGCACCACUACCUGCCCUACUACUACUCCAUCCGCGGCGUGCUGAAGGACGGCUUCACCUACGUCCUCUACAUCAACGGCGGACACCCGCCCUGGACCAUUUUUGACUACAUCCACCACAUCGGCUCCACCCUGGCCAGCCUGAGCCCGUGCUCCAUCCCCCAGCGCCUCUACCGCCAGGCCCAGGCCCUGCUGCGCUCGCUGCUGCCCUGGUCCAACCUGGCCUCCAAGACGGGCAUCCAGUACAGCCGCACCAUGUGACCGCCGCCGCGCAGGGACAGCAGUCUCGUUCCAGGAGACCUCGUUGGGAGUCUUCCCUGGAUACACACACCCUUCAUCCCCAUCAUCAUCACCACACCACACACACACACACACACACACUCACACUCACACUCACACUCACACUCACACUCACACUCAAGCUGAGAACCUGAGACUGGCAGGUUCAGCCCUGCCUUUCUUCCUGAGCGAACCUUCGACCUGUCCGUCACGUUCACCGGGAACGUGUAUCUGAUUUGUACAUCACUUAUUAUUUGAUAUGUACAUAUAUAUAUAUUUAUUCAUCUAAAUAUAUAUAAAUAUAUCAUGUCUAAAUGUAUAUAUAUUCUUUGCCAUGAGGAGUCCGACUUUGCCCUCUGUUUGGGCUCCUUAAGUGUCUGCUGUGAUUUGACAGCUGGGGUGUCGCUUCAUUUCAAAGGGAUCACAAGAAAGCUAGUGUGACGGAACGGCUCUUAAACACGGCCCUCGGACCGUGCACUGUCCUGGGAGUGGGCCCCGGACAAAGGCCACUAGACCAAGGGUCAUCACGGCCCCUCUCACAGCAGGGCGACCAUGUUGUGUCCGAGAGGGACAUGCUCCCUCUUGAGAGGAUCACCCUACUGGCGGUGUGUAGGUGGGGUAUACGUUCCCAGGCACGCAGGUGCGCCCGGCCCAUCGGAGCAACUACAAUCGCCUUCCUCCCCUCGCCCUCGGCUGUGUUCAGUCCUCAAACCCUGAACCUAACGUACACAGAGCAAGCUUUUGUUAUACAGUCAUGAUUGAGGCUUCUUCCCCCCCCCCACCCCCACCCAGGUUUAAGUUCAAGCCUUUUUAAAAUCUUGCCUAAAAAUGCCGCACAGGAAGCCUUUUUAUUUAUUCUUUUAGAGAUAGUGACGGCAGGCCUAUAGGCUGACGUGUGUGUGUGUGUUGGGCGCGUACAUGUGUGCGUCGCGUGUGUGUUUGAAUGCAUGCGCCUGUGUACGUCGCGCGUGCGUGUGUUUGUAUGCGCGUGAGUGCAUGCGUGCGUGCCUGCGUGUGUGUGCGUACGUGUGUGCGUGCGUGCGUGUGUAUGUGAUCGGUCGCCGCUGUGCUGAUCUGCCUGACCUACUCUCCUUCAGACCUACCGACUCGGCCUGACUCGCGACAGCUCUCCCGGCCGCGGACGGCCCGGGUCGACCCAGGGGACCCUGUGGUGGGGGAGCUGCUCUCGCUGGGACGCCCGACCCUCUGACGUUCUGGGCGCUAAGCUGGGCGCGGGAGUGGGAACACACCUCUCCCUAACCUCUUGUCCCCCACUGCUCUGUACGUUGUUCACUGCAGACAGGCCUAAUGAUGGGGGGCUCAGAGAGGUGCUUUGGGUUCAGAAGUGUUUUUAUAAACCCUGUAAAUAAUAAUGUUGAUAGUAGAUACUUUAAGAUAUAUUAAGACUUUUUUUUUAGAUAUUGGUUUUCUUUUGACAACUUGUUUAGCGUCGAGCCCACAAAUCCUUCAUUUGGUCCGAGAUGAUAAAAGCGAAGUUUCUGUCACUGAAAGAUAUGUAGGGAUUUUCAUACGUUUUCUUUUUAUUAUGAUGGAUAUGGUUGUUUGAUGACACUGCACUCCCAAGAGAGGACCUCAUUUUGUCUAUAUUUUAUUGUGGACUAUGUGAGCGAUGAACAAUGUGAUACAAAUAAAUUAUUCCAAUAUCAGAAUUCUAGCUUUGAUCUUCUCCAUUAUUGACACUUUAUUUUGAAUCACUUUGAACACUUUAGAUUAAUAAUUCAUCAUCCAUUAGUCCUAUAGAUGAUUUGAGGAAUAGAUACCGCCCUCUGCUGUCUGUUUAAAAUGCAAUUUGCCAUAACAUGCUGUUAAAAAACGCUCCACUGAUUGAUGGUGUUCAGACUAAAAAUGACGAGUUAAUUGUUUAAUCAAUUAAGACUGCAAUCAUGCCGAGUAGCUGGGAAAGAAAAUCUGUUGGAUGACUUCCUUGUCCGACUUCAUAUAAGAUAGUUGUAUGACUUCAUUGUCCGACAUCAUAUGGUAGUGGUAGGACUACCUGG